AUGAUUCUCUUGGGUUGGUUUCUCCCAAUUCCAGAAGAAGAAAUGGCAAUGCAAUUGCAAACAAGGAUGAUGUUCACACCCAAGAGGGCAUCACUUGCGCAUGCAUGGUCCCCAAGUGGCAUCCAUAUCUCCAUGUUACAUGCACAUGCACGCUCAUCAUCAUCAUCAACAACAUUACCACCGGAGAAGAUUGAAAUUUUCAAGUCACUUGAGGGUUGGGCUUCACAGUGCAUCUUGCCUCUUGUCAAGCCCGUCGAGAAAAGCUGGCAGCCCCAUGAUUUGUUACCGGACUCAUCCCUUUCUUUAGAUGAGUUCAUUUAUCAGGUGAAGGCUCUAAGAGAUAGGACAGCUGAGCUUCCAGAUGAUUACUUGGUGGUGUUGGUGGGUGACAUGAUCACGGAGGAAGCACUGCCAAGCUACCAGACAUGGUUCAACCAGCUUGAUGGUGUUGGAGACAAGUUAGGCUCGUCCCCGAAUCCAUGGGCUGUGUGGUCUCGGGCUUGGACCUCCGAGGAGAAUAGGCAUGGGGACUUGCUCAAAACUUAUCUCUAUCUUUCUGGGAGGGUUGAUAUGUUCAUGAUUGAGAAGACUAUCCAUUAUUUGAUUGGAGCUGGCGUGGAUGUGAAAACUGAAAACAACCCAUAUAUGGGGUUUGUGUACACAUCAUUUCAAGAACGAGCCACGUUCAUCUCACACGGCAACACAGCUCGGCUUGCAACAAAGAGCGGUGAUCAUGUGCUUGCGCGUAUAUGCGGCACCAUUGCUGCGGACGAGAAGCGCCAUGAGAAUGUGUACUCCAAGAUUGUGGAGAAGCUUCUAGAAGUGGACCCCACAGGGACAAUGAUAGCCAUCUCAGAAAUGAUGCGCAAAAAAAUCACAAUGCCAGCAUAUUUGAUGCAUGAUGGCAGGGACCCACACCUCUUUGAUCACUUCUCUGCUGUGGCACAGCGUCUUGGUGUAUACACAGCCGCUGAUUAUGCUGACAUUUUGGAGUAUUUGAUCGGACGGUGGAGAUUGGGAGAGUUACAGGGUUUGACACCUGAGGGAAAACAUGCACAGGAUUUUGUGUGUGGAUUAGCACCCAGGAUUAGAAGGUUGCAAGAACGCGCUGAUAAACAAGUAUGUAAGAUGAAGUCACGUAGUGUCAAGUUUAGUUGGAUUUUUAGUAGAGAGGUGCCCAUAAUAUAAAACAAAAAUAAUAAUCUACCUUAAAUAACGUAACUAUAAAAAAUAAUAACUAUCCUAAAAA